UUGACCGCGUCAUGGCGAUCAACAGUUCAACACGCGGGGGCGUGAGGGCCGGGGUCAAGCACGCUGCCCGCGUCAUGGUGCCGGGACGCAGUGGCAGCAUCAUCUGCACGGCCAUCAUUGCGGGCGUGAUCGGCAGCCUGACGCCCCACCCCUACAGCGUCUCCAAGGCGGCCGUCACUGGCCUCAUGCGCGCCGUGGCCGGGGCGAUGGCGCGCUCCGGCACGCGCGUGAACGCCAUCUCGCCCAGCCACAUCCCGACCACGCGUGCACCGUCUCCAAGGCCGACGUGAUAG